UUUAGUGAAUAAGUGCAAAAUAAUAUUUUGUAUAAGUUUGACAUACAGUAGAAGCAAAAUGGCACCGAUACCAGAGGAGUAUGCCCAAAACGAUUCUGAGGAGACUGACGUCGGAGAACAUGUUGUCAUAUCGGGCAUGGCGGGUCUUUAUCCUAGCUCUCACGACGUGAAUGAUCUGUCUAACAUACUGUAUAACAAGAUAAAUCCUAUUAAAAAAAGUGAUCGCUGGACUAGUGCCUAUUCAGAAGCAUCUCAGCAUAUUGGCGUCAUCCCGGAUCUGGAAUAUUUUGACGCCCAGUUCUUCAGAGUGACCUAUCGUCUCAGCAGUUGCAUGGACCCCAUGUCUCGGAAACUACUGGAGCAAACCUAUCAAGCUAUAUUUGAUGCUGGAUGUAGUCCAGAACAUCUAUCAGGAAAAAAUAUAGGCGUCUUUGUAGGAACGUGUUUUUCUGAAACUGAAAAGGCAUUUUUGUAUGUUUUGAAUGCAAAAUCAGGUCUUGGUAUAGCUGGGUGUAAUCGCAGUAUGUUUGCCAACCGAAUUUCCUACUAUCUCAACAUAAAAGGUCCCUCUAUGACUAUUGACAUGUCGUGUUGCUCCUCAUCUGGAGCCUUGCAAAUGGCCUAUGACUCUAUCGUGCGGGGGGAGUGUGAGGGGGCCAUUGUCGGUGGCUGCAACUUGUGCUUACAUCCACAGACGUCCAUCCACUAUGGAAGGGUUAUAGACCUUUGUAGAGAUGGAAAAACAAAAUCAUUCGAUGCACAUGCUGAUGGUUGUUGCAAAUCGGAAGCUAUAAACAUUGUGUUUCUCCAAAAAGCGAAAGAUGCGCUGAGAAUUUAUGCCCGUAUCGUUCAUGCAAAAAGUGGCUUUAUACCACUUCCGGAAUCCGAUAUUGGUGCAGAGUGGGGUUUCAAUCGCAACCCAUCAGAUGUAACAGGAUUCUUGGAAACAUUCUACAAGGAAGCCAAUGUAGAACCGAGAGAAGUACAAUUUGUAGAAGCAUUUGGCGCUGGUGGUCGGGAAAGUGAUAAGACAGAAUUGAUGUCGAUCGAUGAAUUCUUCUGCAAAAACAGAAGCAAACCGUUAAUGGUUGGAAGCGUAAUGUCCAAUGUUGGCUACACUGAGUCUGCUUCAGGAUUGACAUCAGUUACUAAGGUCCUUCUAGGCUACCAGCAGGGCAAAAUGGCUGCAAAUCUCCACUACAAUGCUCCACGAGACGACAUAGCAGCAAUAAAAGAACGGCGGAUAGAAAUAUUGACAGACCACAAGGAAUUUAUCCCCACAUAUACCGCAAUCAAUAAUAUAUCUUUGUCUGGAGUUUUCUCCCAUAUUCUUCUUCACGGAUAUAACAAGAAGAAAGAUGUCACACGAUAUAAAGCCUUAUUUCCACGUCUCGUGCUCAGUUCGGGAAGAGACGAAACUUCGAUUAAGAAGAUAUUUGACAACCUCAAAAGCAAACCUAUUGACCCAGAAGAACAUGCUCUACUUCAUCAUUUUUAUCAGAAGAAAAUUGUCGGACAUUUAGGGCGUGGAUUCCUCAUACUUGAUACAAAUGAAAAUAAUGAAACAGUAAAAUUGCACGAAGAGUCCACUUAUUUUGACCAGGGGAAACGUCCUCUGUGGUUCGUGUACAGUGGAAUGGGCUCGCAGUGGGUCGGGAUGGGGAAAGACCUCAUGCGUAUACCAGUCUUUGCUGCUGCCAUCGAAAGAUGUGAUCGUGUACUUGCACCAAGAGGAAUCAACAUUGUUGAUAUUAUUACAUCAGACGAUAAGAAGAUGUUUGAUAAUAUUUUGCACUCAUUCGUCGGCAUAAACGCCAUACAAAUAGCUCUUACAGAUGUGUUGCGAUCAAUAGGCAUUGUUCCAGACAUGAUAAUUGGUCACAGUAUGGGAGAAUACUGCUGUGCCUACGCGGAUGGAUGUUUCUCGACCGAAGAAACUAUUCUCUGUGCCUACAGUCGAGGUCUUUUUUCUCUUCAGACACCGUUUAUUCGUGGAUCUAUGGCCGCCGUUGGGCUUGGAUUUAAAGAGAUAUCAAAAAUUAUUCCACCCGAAAUAGUAGUUGCAUGUCACAACUCUGCAGAAUCCUGCACGAUUUCUGGCCCAGCGGAGAUCAUGGAAAAAUUUGUUUUCAGCCUAACAAGCCAAGGAAUUUUCGCCAAAGAAGUAGCGUGUUCCAACAUUGCAUACCAUUCCCGCUACGUUGCUGAUGCGGGACCAGCCCUGCUGAAGUAUAUGCAAGAGUUGAUCCCGACGCCUCGCUUACGAAGUUCUCGUUGGCUGUCGACGUCGGUUCCGCAGGACAGAUGGGAUGAACCACUCGCCAAAUACAGUUCAGCUGAAUACCACCUCAACAAUUUUUUGAGUCCAGUCCUGUUUGAGGAGACCUCGCAUCUGAUUCCACCUGACGCGGUGCUGAUAGAAAUUGCACCUCAUGGACUAUUGCAAGCGAUUCUCAAGCGUUCCCUACCGUCAACGUGCAAACAAAUUUCAUUGACUCGGCGCGGUCACCCUGACAAUUCACGAUACUUAUUGGAAGCUAUUGGCCGGUUAUACAUCGAAGGAUACGAUCCAAAAAUAGAAGCUCUUUACCCUCGAGUAGAGUUCCCAGUUUCCACAUCAACACCAAUGUUGUCACAUUUAGUAGACUGGGUGUAUCAAGAAGAAUGGUCUUUGGAUAAGCCUAAAGCUGCUAAUAAGAGGAUAGCUGCAACAUCACAGGACGUUAUUUCUACGUACGACGAGGAACACAAUUAUUUAAAAGGACAUAUUAUUAAAGGAAAAAAUCUUUAUCCGUUUUCUGCGGCUCUUGUUGCUGUAUGGGACACAUUAGCUGCGAGUUUAAACGUGAAGAAAAAUAACUUAUCAGUUCAGUUUGAAAACGUGUAUUUCCAUUCGCAACCUAUACUAAACGUGAAACAUCAGCUGAGCCCCUAUGUUGCUAUACAAAAAGGAACUGGACGCUUUGAGGUAUUGAAUGAAAAUUCACUAAUGAUAACAGGAACCGUUAUACCUGAAAUCAGAAGUGAUAGACUGCUGCCAAACACUUCUACUAUCUCGGACACAAACGUCUGUACUGAUGAUAUUUAUGAUAUACUAUACGGCAAAGAAUAUCAAUACCUCAAUGAUUUCCGCAGUAUACAUAGCAGCAACGAAUCUCUGACGGAGGCACUAUUAGAAUGGAAAGACAAUUGGGUGACUUUCCUAGAUGGAAUUAUUCAGCUCAAUGUUUUAAGCAGAAAACAUCAUACUGUAUCUAAGUUGAACCUUAUUAGAAGGAUUGUUAUUGACGUUGACAAGCAACGCAAUAGUAUUGUUGGCAGUGAUGAUAGAGAAGUAGUCAAUGCAAAAGUACUAGAAUUACACGAUGCCACCAUAUGCGGUGGAGUUGUUAUGGAAGGCCUAAAGUUUGUAGAUCUUCCUUUGUCUAAACACUAUAAUGUUGAAUUAAAAAUAUGCAAGUUCAUACCGCUAUUUUCCCCCAGAAAAAUAAAUGAAACGAAGAGUUUGUAUAUGUUCCUACAAAUAGUAGCUGAUAAUGUAAAAAAAGAAAAGAUAAAUAUAGUUGAAAUUAUCAAUUCAAAUACAAAUUUAAAGUAUUCCAAUGUUCAACAAAUAAUCGAUAAAAUCCCAAGUGUAAAAGCAAAUUACUUGCGAUUAAGUUUAGAUGAAAAAUGUGAAGAUAGAAUUAAGAAUGCAGAUCUUAUUUUGACUACCAAUUUGUUUAAUGAUGAGAAGAUGUGGCAACAACUAAACAAUAGUCUACGUCAGGAUGAAUUUAUUAUUCAUAAACAUAAUCUAGGAGAUAUAGAUACUCCUUUCUAUACCGUAGUGAGUGGUCAUAACAUAGAAGAUGGAAGAAUGGAGCUAGCUGUCUGGAGAGCUACAAAGCCUGAUCUUUCAAAAACAUUGGUUUUACGGUCACCAAAAUAUUGUUCAUCGCAAGACGUACCGGGGGGAGAAUAUUUUGUACCUCUAGAAGACGAAAAUGAUGCUGAAAAAAGCGUUACACUAAAAAUUAAACGAAUUGGUGAUAUCGAUUCAUUGUGUUGGACUAAUGAAGAUUUACACAAUGAAGAAAUGGGCGUGGAAGUUCAGGUUCACUACGCUGGUGUCAACAUUGUUUACGUCAACAAGCUCAUCGGAACACAAUUUCAUGGAGAAGGAGACUCCAUGAAGAGCGUUAUUGAUUUCAGUGGGCUUGCGAACAGUGGAUCCAGGGUAAUGGGUCUGUUACAUGGUGAUGUGUUAUCGUCGAAAAUAAAUGUCAACCCAGAGCUCCUACUGCCAGUUCCAGAAUACUGGAGCUUAGAAGAUGCUGCGACAGUUCCACUCGCGUAUUCAAUGGCAUUUUAUAUUUUGGCUAUUAAGGCACGUGUUAACUCGAAACACGUACUUUGCGUCCAAGGAGCUGCUGGUGCACUUGGCCAAGCCAUAAUAAGUGUGGCUCUUGCCUUCGGAUGUGAAGUAUUUGCUACAGUGAGCAGUUAUUCCAAGAAACAGUUUUUGAAAAAAGUAUAUCCUCAACUUAAAGAUGAUCACAUUAUUGACCAUUCCCGUGACUUAAAUUUCGUUUAUGACAUACUUCGCGCUACAAAUGGUAAAGGAUGUAAUGUUCUUAUAUCUUGCGCAACGGACGAGCUUAAAAAUAUGUCUUGGAGCUUCUGGGAUGCUGAUAGACACAGUAGUGAUUCCUCACCGCGAAAACUACACCUAUGGGAUGAACAAUUUGACAUUGCAAAGAAUGUACUACAUUAUAGAUUUUUCAACUAUAUUUCAAACAGGCUUUUCUGAGGACAUCAAGACAAUUCGCUCUUUGAUGAUCGACGGUAUAAGGCGUGGGUACGUGCGGCCUCUGACGCGCGUUACAUAC